AUGGCUAAGAAGAAGAAGUUUUCGGAUAGAGAUAGAGCGCCGGCGCCGCCUCAGCAACAGACCAGACCCGCCGCCCGACCCGUUGCCGAAGAAACGGAUUUCCCGUCAUUGGGAGGACCCUCACAGCCGGCCCCUCAAGCCGUCGCCCCCAUACGUGCGGCCACAGCUCCCGCGCCCGUCCCCACAGCUAGACCUGUAGUAUCUGUGCCUCAAUCGCCACCCCCUCAGGCGGGUUAUAGCGGGGGUCAGUCCUCAUCGGUCUCUGAAUCGGGUGACCAGAAGGCGCCCGAAAAGCCCUCAGAAUUGGCCGAAAAGUUACAGAAAAAGUUGACUCUUUCAACGCCCAGAAGGAAUCACAGGGCGUUCCCGAAGCGACCCAAAGAUCCAGUGGUCGGACAAUCCGUGCCUCUUCUCACCAAUCAUUUCCUUAUAACAGUGGGAAAGAAAACUCUCGCUUAUCAUUACGACAUUGAGGUCGAGAGGGCUUUCAAAAAGCCGGUCGAAGACCCGAAUGUUGUCGACAAAGAAGUGGUUGAGUCCACUCUCGCUGUGAAAAAGCAAAACAAAUUUAGCCGAAAAAUCGGCACAAAUCUAAACCGAAAGAUAUUCCAACAAAUGAUUGAAGCGUAUUCGCAAACUCGUGGACAACACUUUCACGGCAUUCGCGCCGUAUAUGACGGACAGAAGAAUAUGUUUACAUCGCGUCAAUUGACUGCUAAUCCCAUUAGAGUUGAGGUAUCGCUGAAAGAGGGCGACAGAACCUCCGACUUUUUCGUCAAUAUAAAACUGGUUGAAACCAAUAAUACAAUUGAUUUGAGUAUUUUGAAUGAUUACAAAGAGGGGAAGACGUGCGACGACGAGGCCGUCAAGAAGAGCAUACUCUUCAUUAAUACACUGUUGAGACAUCAGGCGUCCAUGGAUUUGAUACCAAUCGGUCAGUCGAUAUUCACUCGACAACCCGGACAACACUUGAGUCCAGUUCUGGACCUUUCGUAUGGUAUCUAUACGUCUGUUCGCAAUUUGAUGGCCGGACCCACUCUUAACGUCGACCGAUCGGCCGCUGCUUUCAUUAAGCCGACAGAUGUUAAGAUUAUCAUUGAUUAUAUAUUAAAGGGUGAUUUGGGUCUAAUUCCCCGAUUGACGCCAUACCAGAUGAGAAACAUUAAGAGAGAGUUGUCCGGACUUCAAGUGGAGGCCAAACACAUCUCAUAUCAGGGCUCGACGGGAGAGUAUUACCGAAAAUACCGGAUUAUUGGUCUCUCAGACAAACCCGCGAAUGAGGAGAUGUUCGAGUGGUCUGAGACCGACAAAGAGACCCGAAUGGUAUCAGUCGUCCAAUACUUUCAUUUAAAAUAUAACAUAAGGUUGAGAUAUCCGAAAAUGCCGUGUCUUUUGGUGGGAAACCCCACAAAACCGUCUAAACUGCCGCUCGAAGUGUGCAAAAUAGUGUCUCACCAACGGGUCAGGCGUUCGCUAACAAACACCGAGAGAUCCGAAAUGACCAGAAUCUCUGGCCAACAGCAACCACACCAACGAUUCGGCCUAAUUGAGGACCACGUGAUCAAUCAGUUUCACUCAAAUGAAUCGAUUGGUGUGAAAAACAAACAGUUUUUGUUUGAAUUCUCUAUUGAUAUCAGCAAACAAUUGCUUACUGUUGGCUCGAAGGUGAUUGCGGCGCCGAGUCUUAAAUAUAGGGGCAAUAAGACUGUUAGUCCGCGAGACGGCGAAUGGGAGAUGUUUCGGGUGCGCGCGGAGUUCUUCAGAGCCGCCAGUAAAGAUCUGUGUUCUCAGGCCGAGGAGAUGGGAAUGCGAACACAAGCGCACAAAAUGGUGGCCAAUAUUCCCGAAUUUAAGCAGGAUACAUUUGCCAUCAUUAAGAAUAAGAUCUCUAAAAUGCCAUUGAAAGCCAUUUUGUUCAUAACUCCCGUCAAAACGCAUCCAUACAGCGAUACGAUCUAUAGUGAGAUCAAACUGUUGGGUGACGUUCAGAACGGAUUGACCACUCAGUGCGUAAACGCGGCCAACUUAUGGGACGGCAGACAGACGGAUCCCAGACGGCGACGAAAGUGGAACAGAAGUUAUUUGCGACAAUUGAUGCUUAAAGUGAACCCAAAGUUGGGCGGCAUUAAUGUGGCGCUUAUGGACUCGGCGUUAAUGCCGGAAAUUUUCAAACAGAAGUCACUGAUGAUUGUGGGCGCGGAUGUGAACCAUCCGGCGCCCGGCGAUAAAGUGGAACCGUCCAUAUCGGCAGUGGUUGGCAGUUAUGACAACGAUUAUUAUGAUCACACAAUUGGACUCAAUGUUUGUCGAAUUGUUGAAGAAUUAUCAGAAGCACAACAAAUGCCUUCCGGAGAGAGUGGUCUUCUUUAUACGAUCACUAAAUUGCAACCAAAGUCUCGCGAAGAGAUGAUCACACAAUUGGACUCAAUGUUUGUCGAAUUGUUGAAGAAUUAUCAGAAGCACAACAAAUGCCUUCCGGAGAGAGUGGUCUUCUUUAGGGAUGGCGUGAGUGAAGGGCAGUUCCAACACGUGAUUGAUCACGAAUACCCACUUAUAGCGGAAGCGUUUGCCGCGAUUAACGCCAAACACAAACCAAAGAUCACAUUCCUUGUGGCCCAAAAGAGACAUCACACCCGCUUCAUGACCAAAGAGGGCCGUAACGUCGCGCCCGGAACUGUUGUGGACAACGGGGUCACUCAUAAAAGCGAUUUUGAUUUCUAUUUGUGCUCUCAGGCCGGAAGAAUUGGCACUAGUCGUCCGGCGCACUACUAUGUGUUAGCCGAUGAGAACGGUUUCAAAGCGGACGACAUGUGCAAAAUGACGUACUAUUUGUGUCAUAUAUACCAGCGCUGCACGAAAUCGGUGUCACUUCCGGCGCCCGUAUUCUACGCCGAUUUGGCCGCAUAUCGCGCUAAAGUGCUCAUAAGUGGACUGCAGAGGGGGAGCGACACCGCAUCAGUGGUCAGUAGUGGUGGUGAAGGCGAUGGUGAAGACGGUGGUGGCGAUGCACCGCAAGAGAUAUCAUUGGAUUUUGUGACUUUGCAUGAGAUAAACGCGAUGGCAAACAACACUCAAGAGAUGACAUCCAGAGACGGCGAGAGUUUGGUUACCGACGAGAACGGCACCGGAGGAGAGGGUCCGGCCUUUGACCCGAACAACAUAGACCUGAAUCUGACGGCCAAUGCGUCCCGAGAGAUACCGAAGGGCGGGAUGUUAUACGGGGAAUACCUUCACAUUGAUCGGCUGUUGUCAUGUCAGGAACCGGUCACCCGAAGUACGAGGAAUGAGGUGCACGACGAGCACCUCUUCAUUAUCACACACCAGGCCUACGAACUCUGGUUCAAACAGAUUCUGUGCGAAAUAGACUCCGUUCGCCAGAUUAUGAACCGACGGGACGUCGAUGAGACCAAUAUGUUGGUCAUCACAUCCCGUCUCAAUCGGGUUGUACUCAUACUUAAGCUUCUUGUGGAUCAGGUGACGAUACUGGAGACUAUGACUCCAUUGGAUUUCAUGGAAUUCCGUAACUUUCUGUCGCCGGCGUCGGGCUUCCAGAGCGUUCAGUUCCGUCUAAUGGAGAACAAGUUGGGAGUGAAGAACGAGUUGCGCACGAAUUACGGCAAACUUCAUUACCUGAAGAUCUUCGAGAAUCCAAAAGUGAUUGAUUUGAUCAAACAGUCAGAACAGGAGCCGUCGCUCUGCGAUCUCUUACAGUUAUGGCUCGAGAGGACACCCGGUCUCGAGAAACACGAGUUCGACUUCUGGGAGAAAUACAAGAAAGUGGUGAAUCAACUCAUGGAUCAAAUCAAGACCGACGCCGACAACGAGUCGGAAGAGCAACAGAAGGCUCUACUAAUGGAUGAGUGGAAACGGAAAACGGAAUUAUUUGACUCUAUAUUCGAUGUGAAUAAACACAACGCUCUGAUGGCCAGAGGGGACCGUCGGUUCACCCAUAAGGCACUUCAGGGCGCGCUUAUGGUCUCCCUAUACAAAGACGAGCCCCGAUUCAAUCAGCCCUUCCAUAUACUAAUGCUUCUCAUGGAUAUCGACUCUUUGAUCACUAAAUGGCGCUACAAUCACGUGGAAAUGGUGUUGCGUAUGAUCGGCGCCCACCAGUUUGGCACCGGAGGCUCAUCGGGUUAUCACUAUCUGAGGUCAACGCUAAGCGAUCGCUACAAAGUAUUUGUCGAUUUAUUCAAUUUGUCGACAUUUUUGAUCCCAAGAACUCAUAUCCCGCCGCUUACGCCCAAAAUGAAGAGACGACUCGCCGUUAUGGACGACAUCGACAUCGCCGAUGAGCUCGAUGUCAAUGAUGUCGAUAUCAAUCACUGACACCCGAUUGAUAUUACAGUAUAAUAAACACAUUGUUAUAAUAUGCAUGACUUUUCUAUGAUUUGAUUACUAUAUAAUUAAGUUUUCCACUUUUGGAGAGAAAUAACUUUUUAUGUUUACAAAUUUGGCUCAAAGUAUACGAUAUUUUAUAUGUGUUUUAUAUAACGAUGUUUUAUUUUUUGACUGAAAAUACUGGGUCUGUUAAUCGAUAC